AUGUCAAGGCCUGUUGAGAGAAUAGCAGAGAUCAAUGAUGGAAAAGAGCUUUGGAAGAUUGUUGUUAGGAUUCACCACCGAUGGAAAGUUGUCUCCAACAGCAAGGAACAUUUUGAAAUGAUCUUUGUUGACAAAUUGGUGAUUACCCUGUUUAUGUUUCAGGAGAUGAUAUUCAUUGCUGUUGUUCCAGCACCGCAUGUGUCGGUUUUCACCGAAAAAUGCUUAUUAGGCCAUACUUAUACUGUAUCUAAUUUUAAGGUGGUGCCUUAUGUUCUGGCCUUCAGGGCAUCGGGACACAGAUAUAUGAUAAAGUUUACUGCUGGAACGUCUGUUCUUGAUGAAGACAAACAUGAGAUACCCCCGAAAUCGAUUUUAUUUACAAGUUUUUCAGACAUCAUAACAGGGAGGUUUGACAAACAUGUUCUGAUUCAUGUCGUUGGAAUGGUGGAUAGUAUUGGUUAUGCGCAGACUGAGUCAGGUGCAAAGAAGCAGCAAAUUAGCAUGAUGUUGCGUGAUCACAGCAACAACAUGUUGAACUGUACUCUGUGGGAAUCAUACGCGGAUCAGUUCAUCAAGUUUAACAAAGUUAGGGUUGCUGCAUCACUACCUACAGUUGUGUUGCUUCAGUAUGCCAAAGUGAAGGAAGAAGGAAAGUAUCCUCUGUCUGUGACAAACACCUACAAUGUGACCCUUUUAUGUGUUGAUGCUGAUUUUCCGAUCAUGAAAGACUUUAUUGAUAGAAUGCCUGAGGAGAGCAAGGUAACCCUGUCUGACCAACUUGGAGGGAAUUCCCAAUAUUCCUCCCAAAGUUCUGAAAAUCAACAGCUCACUCCUGUGCAAAAAAUUGUUACAUUUUGCGCUACUGUCGCUACAACAAAAUUAUUAGUAGCAUCUCCGUUUGGAUGGUUCUAUCGUGCCUGCCAUAUGUGUCAAUCUAUAGCGCGCGGGGACAGCCCCCCCUUUGAGUGUGAAGCUGGUCAUGAAACCAUGGUUGAAGUCCUUAGGUAUAAGAUUGAAAUUGAGGUUACUCACGGGGGCCAAAGCUGCAAUUUUGUCUUCUGGAACAGAGAAUGUGAAAUGCUGUUGGGUUUAUCUGCAUCGCAACUUCGUAACACUAUGAUUCAGAUUAAAGAGAGUGUUGAUGAAGCUAAAACAGAUGCCAAUGAAGACUGUGAAUUGGUUACAGACCUGGAAAUUACAUCUGAACACAAGCCGAAUGCUGUCACACCUGGUGGUAAGAGACAUCUUCCUGCUGCAUCAAGUGAAUCUAUUGAUGGGGAACUGUCAUCAAACAAGCUGAAGAAGAUAAUUAAAAUGGAGAAGAUUGAUUAG